CACUUUAAAAUAACUAACAAUAAAUGUAUAUUUGUUGAGAAUUUCUCUCAACCGAAUUCGCUGAGAUUUGAGAUCGUCGAAUAAAUAGCGGAAGUACUACUUUCGUAGUAGAUGCGGUUAUUAUGAACGUAAAAUUUGAAUUUGUGAUAUCAGCCGCCCUUGGUGACCUCAGCGUUGCGUAGAUCGAUAAAGCCGUCAUUUUAUUUGAACCGUUUUGUAUGAUAUUACUAGUCUCCAGAUGGCCGUACAGAGUGUGUCAGUAGUCUGUAGUUGGCGCUAAACAACCAAUGUUAUUCAAAAAGACGCGUUUCGUUUUCGAUUUUCAAAAACGCCGCAAAAAUGAACAACCGCAGAUAUAAUCAUGAAAAAAACAGUAUUAUACAACCCUUGCUCACAGAUUUAUAUCAAAUUACCAUGGCAUACGCCUAUUGGAAAUCGGGAAAAACGAAAAAUUAUUCAGUGUUUGACUUAUUUUUCCGCAAAAACCCUUUCGGAGGUGAAUUCACAAUAUUCGCUGGUUUAGAAGAGUGUCUAAAAUUCUUAGAAAAUUUUAGUUACUCUCGGACGGAUAUAGAAUAUCUGAAACAGACCCUUCCCUCUUCAGUCGAAGAAAGUUUCUUCGAAUACCUCAGCAAUUUAACAGCGAAAGACGUUAAAGUGUAUGCCAUAGCGGAAGGAUCUGUUGUGUUUCCGAGAGUACCGCUGAUUAGAGUUGAAGGCCCACUAAUUAUAGUGCAGUUACUAGAAACGACGUUAUUGACCCUGGUCAAUUAUUCUAGUUUAGUUGCCACAAAUGCUGCUCGAUACAGAAUAGUGUCGGGGAAUGUAAAAUUAUUUGAAUGUGGUUUGAGUCGAGCUCAAGGUCCAGAUGGAGGUCUAUCUGCUUCGAAGUAUUCUUAUAUAGGUGGUUUAGACGCCACUAGCAAUGUACUAGCAGGCAAAUGGUUUGGCAUACCCGUCCAAGAAGUCCAUGCUCACAACUAUCUAAUCCCGUUUAACUCGUUUUCUGAAUUGGGGGACACGUUUUUGGAGCCGAAAAAUGGGGGCCAACCGCGGGAGUUACUCAAGCUAGUCUUGUUCUGGAAAGACAAGCUGUUGAAUUUAUUUGACGAGAGAUACAAUGAAACAGAAUAUGGAGAAUUGGCAGCUCUUAUAUCUUACGCCUUAGCUUUUCCUGAUGGUUUUAUAGCUCUUGUUGAUACGGGUGAUGUAGAAAGAAGUGGAUUGAUCAACUUUUGUGCAGUAGCUCUAGCUUUAAACGAGCUUGGCUACCGUGCUUCAGGAAUCAGAUUGACCAGCGGUGACCUGGCUUACAUCUCCAAAGUAGCCCAUUCUUAUUUUUCGAAAAUCAAGUCAAAAUACAACAUACCAUGGUUUGAAAAUUUGACAAUUAUGGCAACGAACGACAUAAACGAAGACACCAUCAUCAGUUUGAACGAGCAAAGCCAUAAAAUCAAUUGUUUUGGCAUAGGUCCAUAUCUAGUGACGUGCCAAAAACAGCCUGCACUAGGUUGCGUCUACAAGCUGGUAGAACUGAACAAUUGUCCUAGGCUAAAACUAAGUCAAGAUCCGUUCAAAGUUACCAUGCCAGGUAGCAAAGAGGUUUACAGACUUUACAGUGAUAGUGGAUACGCUUUGGUAGAUUUAUUACAAAGAUCCACAGAACCCGCUCCUAAAUUACACGAAAAAAUUCUGUGUAGGCAUCCGCUUGAAGAGUCGAAAAGAGCCUAUAUGAUGCCGGUGAAGGUCGAAAAACUGUUAACUCUGUACUGGGAGAAUGGCAGGAUUGUACAGAAACUACCCAGUUUAAAGGAAAUCAAAGAAAAAGUAAACAAUUCACUCAAAGCUUUAAGAAGUGAUAUUAAAAGGAAUAUGAAUCCUACGCCUUAUAAAGUAGCAGUGAGCGACGAACUUUAUCAGUUUAUUCAUGACAUUUGGUUGAAAAACGCCCCCAUAGAAGAACUUUUUUAGGAUAAUAGCACUAAGGAAUAUAGAUUCAAAAGCUCAAGGAAUUAAUUAACUAUAUAGUGAAUAUAAAAUUUAUUAUAAUUAUAUCCAAAAAGUUUAAACAGUUGUUGAUGUAAUUUUUUUAUAUUGUUAUUUUUCAUAUUAAUUUUUAAUAAAUAUUGUUGAAUUUU